AUGCCUAGUUCCUCCGUGUUUCGAUCGAAAUGUACUCCAGGACAAAAAAUCCCUAAACCAGACCGAUGCAACGUGUGCGACUGUGAUGAAGGUCACAUAGUCUGUACGAAUUUCGAAUGUAGACCAUUACAUAAACCAUCAUCAGCAGAAAAUGCUACAACUGUAACAGAUGGAGAAACUACAACCAACAAAGAGACUGCAGUGGAAGACGAGGCUACGACAGUUACCGAGGCUGUUCUAGAUGAGGGGAUCGUAAUAAAUACGAGGUUUGCAGAGGAUGACAGUUCUUCAGAAGAUGAAAUGUCUGCAGAAGAUGCAGUAGACGAGAAGCCUGCAGUAGCUGCGGUCCCAAUAUUUAAGGGUCCUUCAACAUAUAGAGAGACUGCAACAGACAAAGAGGCAAUAGCAGAUAAAGAGGGUGCAAUAGAGAAGGGGGCUAUAGCGGAUAGGGGGAGCAUAAUUGAUCAGGAAACUACAACAGUAAAAGGGACCACAGCAACUCAAGUUAAUGUAAUAUAUAAAGUUAAUACUAAAGGUGAGGGCACUGCAAUAAACAAGAAGCCUUCAAUAGAAGGAAGGUUCGGAGUAGACGAGGAAGUGGCAACAGGUGUUGCGGAAGAUUUAAAGGAAUGUGAAGCAGAUGUUUACAUACCGCCACCACCGCCGCCGUUGGACUGCAAUAAGUGUGUUUGUGUGAAUCAUCAAGUAUUAUGCAGUAUGGAUAGCUGUAACGAAGAUGUACCAGGUAGUUAUAUUUUUUUAUCUAGCCCACUGUGUCCCACUGCUUGGCAUAGGCCUCCCCCAAAUCCUUCCACGAUUCUCUGUUCUGGGCCGCAUGGAACCAGCAUGCUCGAAAACGUUAAGAUCAUCUUAGAUUGAAUUUUCAAAUUACAAUGUUAAAUAAAAUAAAACCCCCUUUUAAUUAAUUCAACAUAACAGUAAGUAAAAUGUAUACCCCUGUCUCUAGACGCAUAUGAUUUGAGCACUUUCUUUUAAAAUAUUUUUGAUUUAAUAUCAAAUAUCUUUAAAC